AGGGAGGUUACUAAACUGCACAAAAAACAAAGAGAAGGAAACAACGUGAGUAAAACAAAUCAAAGUUAUGUAAACUACAUAAGUAUAAAAAUUAUUCUACUGAAGAGGUUUCACCUACUAGAUGUAUUAACUUUAACACUUGCAAUUAAAUUAAAAUCAAAUUCCAGGACAGAAGAAGCUGAUGAAAUACUGAGGGAUGGAGUAAAAUCACUCCGCCUCUUACAUCAGCACUGUGUGGGAGGUCGCUGAGAUUCAUAGUCUUUCUGAGGUAUGAAGAGCUUUAUGGAAUUUAUUUAUGAAUGUCUUUAUUAAAUUUGUUCAUAAAAAAAUCGUAAAGUUCAGAUGGAGGAGGGCAGUGCUUUACUGAAAGUUCUUCUUAUUCUCUCCUUUUCUCUUCGUUUAUCAUCAGACACACACUCUCUUCAGUUCCUCUACACUGCAGUUACACCAGGAAUACAUUUUCAAGAGUUCACUUCUGUUGGUCUGCUGGAUGGAGAGCAGUUUCAGUAUUACGACAGUAACAUCAGGAAGAUGAUCCCAAAGACAGAAUGGAUGAAGAAGAUCAGUGCUGAUGAUCCAGAUUACUGGAACAGAGAGAUGGAGAAGCAGCAGGAUGAACAGUACAAAUUCAUAUUCCACCUGAGUUCUGUAAUGCAAAGUUUUAAUCAGACUGAAGGGAUUCACACACUCCAGAGGAUGUACGGCUGUGAGCUCUAUGAUGACGGCACCACUAGAGGAUAUGAUCAGUUCGGUUAUGAUGGAGAAGAUUUCAUCAGUCUGAAUCUGACAACUGAAACCUGGACUGCAGAUAAUGAUAAAGCUGUGAUCUUUAUAAAGGAGUGGGAUCCUACAGGAUAUGAGGCUAAGAAGCAGAAGAGCUACUUGGAGAAGGAGUGUAUCUAUUGGAUAACAAAGUAUGUGUCUUACGGCAGAGAGACUCUGGAGAGGAAAGAUAAAGUGUAUCCUCCUACAGCAUCAGUGUUCCAGAAACACUCGCCUUCUCCAGAGGUGGUGUGUCACGCUACAGGUUUCUUCCCCAAAGAGGUGAUGAUCUCCUGGAGGAAGGACGGAGAGGACGUGAACGAGGACGUGGAGCUCAGAGAGACGUUACCCAACCAGGAUGGAAGCUUCCAGAAGAGAAGCAUUCUGAAAGUCCCAGCUGAGGAUCUGCAGAAACACACCUACACCUGCGUGAUUCAGCACAGCAGCUUGAAGGAGGAGUUAGUGCUGAAUGUGAACAUAAACAAUCAUGAAAAAUCUAUCUAUGAAGGAUCAGGUGGAGGAUCAAAUGGAGGAUCAGGUGGAGGAUCAGGUGGAGGAUCAGGUGGAGGAUCAGGUGGAGGAUCAGGUGGAGGACUCAUUGUUGGUGUAGUCAUGACUGUUGUUCUUGCUCUCGUUGUUUGUGCUGGAAUUAUGGUCUGGAGAUGGAGAAGAAGAAGAACAGGUGAGAGGAGGAAGGAGGCAGAUGUGGAGUUUUCAGAGAACAGAUAUAGAGAUGUUUCAAUUUCAGGAGACACUACGAGGAUGGAGAGUAUAUUUUAAAUAUUCUUAAACAGUGUUUGUGGAAAAUAUAAAAAGAUAUCUAUUUAUCUAUAGUUCUAUUUUUCAUCUAUUUUUCCUGCUUGUCUACUUUGUCGUUUAUUUUUUUUUUGUAUAAUAAACUCUGUAUAAUAAAGUAACUGUAAUUAUUUUAUUUCUUAAAUACUCAGUAGUUUUUUUUUCUUGCUGAAGAACUUUUAGCACAUUAGACACAUUUAACACCAAAUAUAAAAGAUGAAUAUUAGUGAUAGUGACUGUCUUCCAUUCAAACAAACAGUGCAGUAGAAUCAGUGCAAUAACACAAUGAUUAUAUAGAGAGAGGACGUGAGAUGUAAGAAGUGUGAUGAUGUGUAACACUGUGUCUGCAAACUGUAAUCUAUAAAAGAAAUAGAUAGCUAAGUAACUGUGUAGCAGCUGGAAAACAGCAGUGACAGUGAUGUGUGGUUUGGGAGGUGAAGAAGCUCCAAAUGGACCAGUUGCAGCAAUCUGAUCUUUCAGCUGGAAGAUUAGAGAGGACCCACACUAGUGCACAGACACUCUAUGAAGGCUGAAUAGAAUCUUUUCACCUUGUCAUCUGUUAAGCAUGGGGGUGUAUCUGUCACUCUUUGGAGUUGUGUGACAGCCACUGCCCCAGGAAACACUGCUCAGGUACUGAAAGUGUGGAUUUCAGUAAAAAUCAGUAAAUUCUGGAGGCAAUUCCAGUCUACUACUUAAGAAGCAUAAACUGAAGCUUUACAAAUCACGAUCACAGUCGACUACACACUAAACAAAACUUUGUACAAAAACACACUUAAAAUAUACAAACUGAUUAAAGAGCAAACCGAAAACAGGUUAUAGUAAACAACGACAACACGUGGGCUGAGACAAAACGUGACAAAAACAAAAACACACGUAAAACGUAAACAAUGACUCAACAUGGAACUGUGCCAUAGUGAUACUCUCUGAGCUGAAGACUCAGAACAAUAGAACAGUUUUUAUCCCGAGGCCAUUAGACUGAUAAAUCGUCCAAACCCACUGCCACUUCCACCUGUAUCAUCAGGGUAAAUUCAGUGUUCAAUGGCACUCUGAACUUACCUGCUGGACCAUCAUACACUCAUAACGGAUAAUCAUGGUCAAUUUAAACACUGGACUUUACACUGACACUUAAAAAUUAUCACUUUAUUGAUACUUAUACACUCACAUUUAUACUGUGAAGAAUUUUUUACUGCCAGUUGUUUUUCUAAUUAGAAUAGGGGUUCUCUUCUUCUUUCUCUAUCAUUACUUUCUUUUUUAUGCUACUAUUAUUUAUAUUUUUAUUACACUUUACUGUAUAUUCUUUGCUUUUAUUUUGUAUUGUCCUUGUAAGUUAUGCUUGUUUCCCCCUUAUGACAA